CUACUACUACUACUACUAUACUGUAAGUAAGAACUACUAUGAAUAGUGGAUGGUUAAAUCUCGUAUGGAAACGGACAGUUCACCAUAAAGUGACUGCCAAAAAGUAUCCUCAAGUUAAUAUAAAAGAUGUGGUAUUACAAAAGCCUUCGUACGGAUUUCGUAGACAAAGAAAACCAUUAAUAUCUCAAGGAGUUAAAGAUACUUUAUUCCCCAAUAGUGAAAUUGCUAAAAGAUAUGUUGAAGCUGGUAAACCAGUUCCUAUAAAGUAUCGUACUAAUUCCGAUCAUAUAUCUCGUAGAAAUUUUAUGAAAUAUCAAGAUGAAAUUGCUAAUAAUAAACCUCAUUUUAAAGUUGGUGAAAAGAAGGUUUAUUUCCCUAAAGGUCGUAUAUGUCUUUUAGAACCUGAUGCAAAAUAUGGUCCAUAUCAAGCCAGAUUCUUAGUUCCAAAAGCUAUGAAUAAAAUGGAUUUAAGAGAUUAUUUAUGGCAUAUUUAUGGUUUAAGAGCUUUAACUGUAACAUCUCAAUUAACUCCAGCUUAUUUUACUAGAGGUCCAUUUGAUUUAGCUCGUAGUAGAAGACCUCAAUUAAAAAUUAUGACAAUUGAAAUGGAACAACCAUUUAUUUGGCCAGAAAAUUCUCCAGCAAUUAAAUCUUUACUUUCAACUACUAAAGGUGAAGGUAAUGAAGCAAAUGAAUUAGCUACAGCAAUUAAUUCAGAUAAAUUAAAACCAAAUGAUGCUUAUGGUGGAAUGUAUCUUACUCCAGAAUUACCAAAUGCAUUUAUACCAAAUAAUUUUAAAAGAUUAGGUUCAAAGACUAAUGAAAAUUAUUAUAAACAACUUGAAACUAAACCAGAUAGAAAAUUAGUUAAAGACUUUUUAGGUUUAUAAACUAAUAUCUCAUGUAUAUAAUUUAGUUUAGUUUAGUUUAAAUUCUUUCUUUCAAUGUACAAAUAACUUAUAUUAAACAUAGAUAUAAAAUUUAAAAUUUAAAAUUUAAAAUAUAAAAACCAAUUAAUCAACCAACUCAUAGCUUACCUCUAAAAC